AUGGCGGCCAACAACCGCUCCUUCGCGGCGCGCAUCGCCUCCAUCACCUCGCAGUCGACCCAGAUGGAGACAUGGGACGACGGCGACUUCGACGACCGCUCCGACGGCCUCCUGUUCAAGAACUCGACCGUCCACUCACUCUCUUCGCGCAUGAGCGUCCGCUCCGAGACCGAAUCCAAUGACGACUGGCAAAUCCUGAUUACGCCAGGCGACCAAGCAACCAACACCUCCGCCAUCAAGACCGCCGCGAAGCAGGCCGGCAUCCCCAUUCCCACGAGCGUGCCAUCGUCGGCGCUCCUCGGCGGCUCAAUCAAGAGGCUGGGCAAGAAGAAGUCGACCAAGAAGAUCGAGGUCGACGACGACUGGGGCAACGAUCUCGAGCUGCCCACAAACGCGAAGGAAGGACUGAAGCUGAAGGCGCCCAAGCCACGCACGCCGGCGGAAGAGGACGAUGACUUCGACUGGGGCGAGGGCUCGCUCGGCAUCCGCUUCGCAGGCACGCGACAGGGCACCCGCGGGGCACGCAGCUCGUCUGUGUCCGCCAUGAGCCCCAGCCUGGGCAGCAUCAUGACCAUGGAGAGCGAAGACGACGACCUGGGCGGCCUCGUGCUGCCGACCGAGCCCAUGGACUUCAGCGCGCGUCUCGACAAGCUCAAGAAGGCCGAGCAACCACCAGCACCACCAGCCGCAGAGCCAUCGCUCCUUCCACCGCUGCCAUUGCGCGAGCAGUCCCUCACGCCGACGCAGCCCACACAAACCACCUCGAUCCCUACCCAGAGGCCGUUCCAAUCGCCGCCCCAAUCGCCCAUUGCUGCACCACUAUCUCCUUCCCCCUUCAGCAGCCCCACGCCUAUGAGCCCCAAGGCACUGGCACCAUCGCCCAAAGCCAAGCCUGUGGUCCAAGAGGAGGACUUCGAGGAUGGCUUCGAUUUUGGCAAUGGCGAGAUCCUGGACCGCCAGAAGCUGACGCUCAACAAGAACAUUGUCGUCAAGAAGCCCGCGACCAAGACCACCGCCCCACACGCUGCUCGUCCCGCUACUACCAUCACCUUCACCGACAGACCCACUACCUCGCGGAUACCCAGGCCCCUGCCCUCCAUCGCGAGUCGGACCAGGCUAACCCCUGUGUACGAAAGCGGCGCGUCCACUUCCAACUCGACUCGGACCAUGCCUACUACUACCAGCGCACAGCUGCUCCGCGCGAAGCGCUCUGCUCCUGUCCUUCGCAACAACAACACUAGUCAGCCACCACGCAUGCCAUUCCUCCCUGCUGGCGGGGCCUCUUCCCAAUCGCACCACGUCAUGUCCAAGAGCACUUCGCAAGCCCACCUUCGCCGCGACUCUGACCCUCGCCGACCGCAGUCUCCCUCGAUGCGCUCCUACUCGCGCCUGUCUGGCGGAGGCCACAUCGAGACGCCUAGUCGUGCUGGGGUGAGACGUGAUCAGGCUCCCUCUGCCCUUGCACGUCAUCCACCCCCAAAGAAGCUGACACAGCCUCAGCGCAAGCGAAACUUUGGCGACGGCCAUGAGCUCGACCUGUUCGAUGACUUGCCUACUUCAGCUUCCAAAGAGAAGCAAUUCGAAAAGGUGCCGCGCAAUGUCGCCAGCAACAAGUCGCUGCGUCACCAGCCGAGCAACUCACGUCUGCCGAUGCCUGAUCGCAUGGCGACGCCUCUGCCCCAGACUCCGCGUAGUCCUCCCAAGAUGGACCACACUCCUCGCUUUGCUCGCGACACCGCAGCAAGCAGGAACGCACGUGAGCAGCGCUUGGCAGGUACGAGGUCUCGAGCAGAUGCCCCCAUCUCCUCCAGGCCCGUUAGCUGGGCUGCCCAAGUGGCCGCUCGUAGCCCUCAUACCAGUCCAUCUGCUCACAGGAAGAAAGGCUCAGGACAGAAGCCGCAGUUGAUCAGGCAGAUGACGCAGCCCUACACACAAAACGAGAAAGGUAUGAUUUACAACCCAACUUUGCAACGUUGGGAAGGAAACGAGGAAGCCCUUGUUUCGUUCUCACACCCUAAUACUUCCACUACGACCCUCGCCCUGACCACGGCGAGCACGCCUACCUUUGCCCCGCCCGGAAACCAGAUGAGCCGCAGCCAUGAUCGUUCACAAUCGAUCUCGCACAUCGCCCUUUCGUCCAUUCAUGCCGGCCAAGAAAAGAGGAGCUUCUCGUCGCGAGCGGCCAAGCUGGCCCAGCCCCCAGCGCCCGCCCCAGUACCGUCCCCCCCACGGCCUGCUUUGAUCUCCCAGAUCUCUGUACCACGCCAAGUCCAGUACGAGGGCCGCAUGGUGUUCGAUCCUGUCAAGAUGACCUGGCUCAAGGCGCCUCGACCAUCGAACGACAUUGGAUCGCCUUCGGAAGUGGAUGAAGACGAGGACCCAUUCGCCGGCCUCGACGACCUCAAAGAUAAUGAGAGUGUCGCCGGUGGUAAUGGCAUGGGCGGUACUGGCACACCUAACCCCGAUGACCCAACCUUUGUGGGCGAGGAGUUCGAUGUCGGCCCUGGCUUCAUCCGGCGACAGAAAGACGAAGAAGCCAUCUGGCGACGACGCGUCGAAGGCUGGGUCGGCGGCCUCCGCGAUAACGGCGAACACCGAGGCGGCUGGCGAUGGGCGAUCCGCGACUUCGCCGCCAGUGCCUCUGCUGGCCACCCAACCUUUUAA